CUCUAUUUUGACACCAUCACACAUCGAAUAUUUUUCUAUAGUAACCAUGGCUUCUUCAUCUUCAUGUUUACAUGCCAUUCUCUUGUGCUCUCUUCUUUUUAUUACUUCAACCAUAGCCCAAAACCAAACUUCUUUCCGUCCCAAAGGCCUAAUUCUCCCCGUCACAAAAGAUGCUUCGACUCUCCAAUACCUUACACAAAUUAACCAAAGAACACCUCUUGUUCCUGUAAGUUUAACUCUUGAUCUUGGUGGCCAAUUUUUGUGGGUUGAUUGUGACCAAGGUUACGUCUCCUCCUCGUAUAAACCAGCCAGGUGUCGCUCCGCCCAGUGCUCACUGGCUGAAUCUUCCAGUUGUGGAGAAUGUUUUUCUCCACCUAGACCAGGUUGCAAUAAUAACACGUGUGGUCUAUUUCCUGAUAACACAGUUACUAGAACCGCUACUAGUGGAGAGUUAGCUUCUGAUAUUGUAUCAGUACAGUCUUCUAAUGGAAAAAAUCCUGGCAGGAAUGUAAGCGAUAAAGAUUUUCUCUUUGUUUGUGGCGCUACAUUUCUUUUGCAAGGUCUUGCUAGUGGUGUAAAGGGGAUGGCUGGUCUUGGAAGAACAAGAAUAUCUCUUCCUUCUCAAUUCUCAGCUGAAUUUAGCUUCCCUAGAAAAUUUGCUGUUUGUUUGAGCUCUUCAACCAAUUCUAAGGGUGUUGUUCUUUUUGGAGAUGGUCCUUAUUUUUUCCUUCCUAAUAGGGAAUUCUCAAACAAUGAUUUUCAAUACACUCCACUUUUCAUCAAUCCAGUUAGCACAGCCUCAGCUUUUUCCUCAGGACAACCAUCUUCUGAAUACUUCAUUGGAGUAAAAUCUAUUAAGAUUAACCAAAAGGUUGUCCCAAUAAACACAACUUUGUUGUCAAUUGACAAUCAAGGCGUUGGUGGAACUAAAAUUAGCACAGUGAAUCCUUACACAGUCUUGGAGACUUCAAUAUACAAUGCUGUUAUAAAUUUCUUUGUCAAGGAACUUGCUAAUGUCACAAGGGUUUCACCCGUGGCACCAUUCGGGGCUUGUUUUGACUCAAGAAACAUUUCGAGUACAAGAGUUGGACCAGGUGUGCCAUCCAUUGAUCUUGUUUUGCAAAAUGAGAAUGUUUAUUGGAGGAUUUUUGGAGCAAACUCAAUGGUACAAGUUAGUGAAAAUGUUUUGUGUCUUGGGUUUGUGGAUGGUGGUGUUAAUGCAAGAACUUCUAUUGUGAUUGGAGGACACACAAUUGAGAACAAUCUUUUGCAGUUUGAUAUUGCAAGAUCAAGAUUGGGAUUCACAUCUUCAAUCCUUUUCCGACAAACUACAUGUGCCAAUUUUAACUUCACUUCAAUUGCUUAGGUUGUGUGGACCAAAGUUGUUUAAUUAUAGUGAAUUUUAAUAAUGUUCAAAGUUUGCCGUUUGAACACUUUGUAAUAAUUGGACCUCUAUAUGAAUAAGAUUUCUUGUAAUUUGUGCGUUGACAACUUUGUUAAAUUUGGUGUGGAUAAUGCAUUUAUAUACAUUUCUUAA